AUUGUGGUUCAUUUUUGUUUGUGGAUGUAGUUUUGUUUUUUGCUUUAUGCAUGAAUAUCUUUUUCAUAAUUAUAUAUUUGUAGGAUCUGAUGAAUUCAUACUUACCUUCAUAAUUGGCCAUCUUGUGUGUCAAGAGAAGAUUAAUUCUCAUGACUCAUGAUACAAUUUGUUUUGAUUGUAUAUGAUUCACUUGCUUGUUGUAAUAUAUCUUAAAUUAUCAUAAUUGAGUCUGAGUUGAGUGUGUUAGUGGGUUUGUUGAAUUUCCAAUGUAAGGUAGUUAAGAUUAGGAGAUAGUAGAUAUAUCAUAGGAUCAUAUGCUUAAACGAUUUUUUCAAUGCACCAAUUACAUCUCUGCCUUUUUACUUCUAAUUUUCACGAUGUUAGGAAGGCACUAACUUGCAUCUUGUACUUCCUUCUCCUGAUCUCGAGUUUUGUUUAAUGAGACAAUGGAUGAUUUGGUUGUAUUCUACCUGGCAUCAUAAUAAGAGGUGGGAUUUCUCUAUCUGAGAUAUGUUGCUGAUCCAAAGACUCUGUGGAGCUGGUUUGAACCAUAUAUAAAGGAUGAUGAGGUAUGAGGAUAUGGUUUUUGAUCCAAAGACCCAGAAGUCUAUCGUCCAUUGACAUUUAUUAGGAAUUUUCUCCUGGAUCUAAUGGACGAAUGACUACAAUGGGUGUAUAUAUCCGUGAUUUGCUCCUUGGACAGUACUACUUCGAUACACUCUUUCCUCGCAUCCCAGUUCCUGUAAUGCGGCAGAUUGUGUCUUAUUUGGAAAAGUUGAAGCAUCCUACUACACAUGCUGGCACAACAGGGGAAACCACCCGUCAUGGUUCUGAUGACACUGCACGUAGACCACCUUCUGUGAAAGCUGCCCUGUCAGUCUCUUUUGGUCAGCGGGCUCCCCAUCGUGCCUCGACAAGGGAUUCUUCACCUAUCCGCCGUACAUUACCUCCAGCUCCUCAUGAAAGAAAUGGCAGUGAUGAUGUAAGGAGAUCUCCAAGUAGUCGCCGCAGCCAGAGCCGUGAAUAUCCUGAUAGGGAUAGGGAGCGAGCCCGGUCACAGUCUAGGGAUAUGGAUCGGGACCAUGAAAGGGAUAGGGAUCGUGAUAGGGACAGAUAUCGUGAUCAAGAUAGGAACAGGGACCGGGACAGAGAGCGAGACCGUGAAAGAUACAGGGAUCGUGACCACGAUAGGGAUUAUGAGAGGGACAGAAUUAGAAGGGAUAAAGAGCGAGAAAGAGAUAGUGUGCGGAGUUAUGAUUAUGAUAGGAGGUCUAGGUACUCAGAUAGAGAAAGUAGCCGGGAUUAUGACCACAGCAGCGUUAAUGGUAGUAAACACUAUCGUAGUAGGAGCAGAAGCCGGAGUAGAAGUAGGAGCAGGAGCAGGAGUCGGAGCCAAGCUGGGACUGUACGAUUUGAAUCACGUUCCAGUCCACAGGGAGAAGCAAGUAAGAAGACAUCUGCAUCAAGUAAUCUAGCCAAACUAAAAGAUAUGUAUGGAGAUGUAAGUGAUAAUAAAGGAGAUGCCAACAUGGAAAGAGUUCCCAGAAGGGAUAGUGGAGGCGAAGAGGUUAUUAGACUUGGUGGUUCUAGUUGGAAGUAUUGAGAGAUAUAAAGGAAUGCUUGUAUCAGAUAUUGGAUAAUUUUCACCAAAAAAAGCAUAUUGGAUCUUCCCCUGCUGCUGCCUUGUAUCUCUUGACUGACAUUGCUAUCUAUAUCAGCAUAUAUAGAUAAUGUAUACCAAAAUUUAUUCGUGGUGCAUUGAAUUUUCAUGCUUUGUAAUCGCAAAUUUUAGACUAAAGAUGGUUCUAUGUUCCUAAACUUCCAUGCUUCCAUUGAUUAGUUGAAACUAAAUACUUUUAUUGAGUUAAA